CCUGGCAAGAACCAGCGCCGGAGAAACUAUGCUGCCACAGAAACCACGCGAGUGACCGUCCUGGACCGCGGCGAGUCGCUCUACGCCUUGGCAUACCCGCCAGGAUCACGCGUUCCUGACGCCGAUAAGCCAACCAAGCCCGCCACCGCGCCCCUGCUGGACCGUCUGGUGAGCCUCCGCAGACGGUCUAGCCGGCCCAAGGGCGCCUUUUUUUACCCGCGUGGCUCCGUGGAGCGGCUCAUGACGGAGAACAUCGACGAUGUCGCCGGGAUCAUCUCAGCCGGACGGCACUAUCUCGAGGGCCCGGGCCGGCCGCCACUCACCGAUGGCGAGGUUUUCGAGUAUGCCAGUCGCAUUUGCCAGGAGAAGCAGCAGCCUGAAGACCCCGACCCGGGCUUCUGUAAAAUGUUCGCCAUCCUGCUGCUGCUCGACCGCGGCUGGGAAAUCGUGCGGUUCGUCGACGCCGGCAUCGGGGACGCCCAGCUGCCGCUCGAGGCCGUCUACGUAGACGGACCCAACGCGCCGCCGCGCAUGCGGCUCAGGGGCGACCCGGACAAGCCGCUGGACUGCCUCAGCCAUUGGUCCAUCAUGACCCACGAGCGCUUCGAGGAGACGCAGUGGGCCAUGCUGGCGCCGUUUCUGGCCCGCGGCAAGCCCAAGGAAGCCUGGUUCUACAUAUUUUCCGACAAGGUCGUGCUGCCGUGGACCAAGGAGGAGCGGUCUGGCCGCGAGGGGGGUUAUGGUUGGAUCACCAAGGUCGAGAUCCACCCCAGCCACCACAACUUCAAGGUCACCGACAGGAGCAACGGCCAAUUUGCCAUCAAGCACUUCAAGCCGGACCUCCACAAGCGCUCCGGGCGCAGCCGCAGCCAGAACACGCUGAAGGCCAUCCGACGCGAAUUCAAGCGGGAGAUCGAGAUCCUGAACCGCUUCAGCGGCGACGAGCACCCGCACCUGAUCUCGCUGCAGGCCUCCUUCCGCCACGGCGACGAGUACUGCGUCAUCGUCCCCUGGGCCGAGCGCGACCUGAAGAGCAUGUGGAGGGAUUGCCCGAACGGGGACCCGCUGGACAAGCCUAACCUCGAGUGGAUGCUCGGACAGUGCCUGGGCAUCGCCAGCGGGCUGCACAAGAUUCACUUCUACCGGAUCGACGGCGAAGGAGAAGAAGAAGAAGAAGAAGAAGAAGAUAGCAGCGAUGACGAGUAUGAGGAGGAGGACGACAUCCUGAGCAGCCGGCGCAUCUACGGCCGGCACGGCGACAUCAAGCCCGAGAACAUCCUCCUGUUCCGCAACGCGGCCGACGCGGCCGACCGCGGGCGGCUGGUCAUCACGGACUUUGGGCUCAGCCGCUUCCACAGCGACGGCACCAAGAGC